ACAUCUGCUUACAAGCUCAAAGUCUGGUCUGUCCAAACUGCGGACGUCACAGCUCACACUCAAACCCCCCGUCCUCAAAUUUUGACAGACUGGAAGACCCAUCCUCACACGCUUGACAACCAAACAUCUGACUGUUCUCAGAGCUCCCAAGCAGAGCAUAGAAACAAGUCCCACACACAUCCUACACCACAAAUGAAACCAAGAGCAUGCAUGAUAUCUCGCAGGAUUCAUCAAUUACCGCUUCUCACACUGAAAAAUCGGGGCGCACAAAAGGGGCGCGCAACACAGCAGAAGCAAGAAUGUCAGGCCAGGCUGUAACUGUCUGGUCUUUUGCAGAGAGAUUGGAAUGCCUAUCUGUGUGGGCUCCUGCGGCCGUUAUUGUGAGAUCCAAGGGCUGCAUUCUCUCUGAGAGGCACAAGACAGUCUGCCACCCUAGGCCCCACCACACAUCAACAAAUUUACGAUGCCCAAAGGGGCUCGCAACAAACAUAAAGGGAAGGAAAAACACAUGGUACCCGCUUUGUCCUACUGUCAUUCUCUCACUCGAAACACCGCCUGAAUGUCAUCUUUGUCUACAUACUCUGAUGCCCCAUAAAAUAUCUCGGAGCACACAUAGUGCACCGAAAGUUAAACACAUUUGCAAAGACAGCAAAAGCCACUGCCAAACAUUGCCUGCCCACCCAAAACCAUCACAGGUCCUACGACCACAGCAACUACAGCCCACAUCCUCAGAGUCUUUCAGGUCUACACAUCACAGAUCAUCAUUCUGGCGCCCUCUGACUGAUUCCCAUGGUGCCGAGUAUCCACAAUUUGGCCCCUCAGACACUCACAAGGCGCCCACCUGAGCAUGGUCAUUCCAACUACUUUUAUUCAGUCACAUCCGGAGGCAGCAGUUCUCCAGUGACUCAUCAUUUUCUGUGCAGACAAUCUGCAGGAAGAGCAGGUAGAUCAAAUCUUCAGGGGGCCCUUUCUCCACCCCCACAACCGCAAGCAAAUC